UAGUAUUGAGACAUGUUUUCUUGUAUCAGGACAGACAGCUGACUAAAGAGAAAUGGCGAAGACGAAAUAUGGAGAGAGACAUAGGAAAGGGUUAUGGUCACCUGAAGAAGACGAGAAGCUAAGGAGCUUCAUCCUCUCUUAUGGCCAUUCUUGCUGGACCACUGUUCCCAUCAAAGCUGGGUUACAAAGGAAUGGGAAGAGCUGCAGAUUAAGAUGGAUUAAUUACCUAAGACCAGGGUUAAAGAGGGAUAUGAUUAGUGCAGAAGAAGAAGAGACUAUCUUGACGUUUCAUUCUUCCUUGGGUAACAAGUGGUCGCAAAUAGCUAAAUUCUUACCGGGAAGAACAGACAAUGAGAUAAAGAACUAUUGGCACUCUCAUUUGAAAAAGAAAUGGCUCAAGUCUCAGAGCUUACAAGAUGCAAAAUCUAUUUCCCCUCCUUCGUCUUCAUCAUCAUCACUUGUUGCUUGUGGAAAAAGAAAUCCGGAAACCUUGAUCUCGAAUCACGUGUUCUCCUUCCAGAGACUUCUAGAGAACAAAUCUUCAUCUCCCUCACAAGAAAGCAACGGAAAUAACAGCCAUCAAUGUUCUUCUGCUCCUGAGAUUCCAAGGCUUUUCUUCUCUGAAUGGCUUUCUUCUUCAUAUCCCCACACCGAUUAUUCCUCUGAGUUUACCGACUCUAAGCACAGUCAAGCUCCAAAUGUCGAAGAGACUCUCUCAGCUUAUGAAGAAAUGGGUGAUGUUGAUCAGUUCCAUUACAACGAAAUGAUGAUCAACAACAGCAACUGGACUCUUAACGACAUUGUGUUUGGUUCCAAAUGUAAGAAGCAGGAGCAUCAUAUUUAUAGAGAGGCUUCAGAUUGUAAUUCUUCUGCUGAAUUCUUUUCUCCAUCAACAACGACGUAAAUUGCGUUUAUUGUAAUGUAAAUCAAAUUUCUAAGGCAAAACCGGAAAAAAAAUGUUUUGUUUUUUGUUUUGUCUUAAAUGCUUUGACACCAAUAAGGCAAAUAGCAUAUAUGGUUAAAGGAAUGGCAAUAUGAAAGAAAAGAAAAGAAAAGAAAAUGAUUUAAAAGAU